AUGUUGCAGUGCUCCCUGGAUGAUAUUGACAACAGGGGCUGGAGAAAUAACUUGCGCAUAAGGGGCUUACGCGAAGCCGAGGGGGAAAACCUCUCCACCUCCCUCUCUACACUAUUCAACCUUAUCCUAAGCCGCAAAACUGACACCCCGGUUGUCCUAGACAGGGUGCACCGCUCACUAAAACCCAGACUGGGACGGGAGAGACACCAAGGGAUGUCAUAUGCCGCAUUCAUUACUAUGCACUCAAAGAAAAGAUACUAAGAAAAUUGAGAGACACCUCUUUCCCAAUGCUUUUUCAUGGCCAUGAAAUACAAAUUUAUCAGGAUAUCUCAUGGCACACUCUGCAAGCAAGGAGAGUACUAAAACCUACAACAGAUCAACUCUGCACACGCAACCUGAAAUACAGAUGGGGUUUUCCAUUUGCCCUAAUAGUCAGCUCCCGUGGAUCCACUUACACGAUUACAAUGCACCAAGAUAUUAUUCCGUUCACCAGAGCACUAAACCUAGCAGAAACGUCUAUUAUGGACUGGCUCUAUCAACCUCAUCAGCACAGCAAGGAGCAAGAUGGAGAUCCCCAGUGAAAAGGUAAAGAACGAAUCCUAUAGGAACUCCCCAGACUGGGACGGGAGAGACACCAAGGGAUGUCAUAUGCCGCCAGGGGCGGACUGACAACUCAUGGGGCCCCUGGGCAAUAGGAGACCAUGGGGCCCCCGUGUACCCACCAACUUGCAAGAUACACAAAUAUACAUCACGCCCACAUACAUGUGUUACAGGAAGGGUUGUAAUGUGGGGGGGAAGAGGCUUCAGUGGGGGACAGGAGUCGUAGCAUGUGGGACUAGGGCUGUAGUUGGGAGAUAAGGGCUAUAAUGGGCAACAGCGGCUCUAAUGCGGGGUGGGAAUCGUUGUAGAGGGGGUAUAGGGGUUUUAAUUGGAGACUAGUGUGAGGUUGGGUGAUUAGGGGCUGUCAUGGGGGGAUAGGAGCUGUAGUAAGGGGAUAAGAUUAUAACAGGAGGAUUAUAACACAUGCAAAUGGAGUGCUAUAUUUGUUGCAUAUGCAUAUGGUGUGAAAAAUGUAAAAAAAGAAAAUCUAUGGUGUCUGGAAUACAAACAUAUUCCUGACACUAUAGUUGUAAGAACACAUUUUAGAUCCCCAGCUUUUCUCUCGUUAUAAAGUUAUUUUACUCACUUUUUUCCACCUAAAGUAGAGCGGAUACUAGUGCAAGAUUUUUUUUAGGUCCACCUAUCGUAAGGAUGGAGAAAAAGGUAGAUCCCCAUCUUUCGUACAACUACCACAAUACUUUGCCAGAUGGGCAUCUACCAUUUGCCCAUCCUUUCAGGUUUGUACUUAGCCCCCAGCAUUGUUUGUAUGUUUGAAUAUAAGCAUGUUUUGAAUGGAGUAUAUGUGUGUGAAUGUAGGGAUGUAUUUGAGUGUAGUGUUGGAGUUUGAAUGCUGAGAUGUAUACACAUAUACACUGCCAUGUACACACACACACACACACACACACAUAUAUAUAUAUAUACACACACACAGACUCACAUUGACACAUACAGAUACAAGCAUUGACAUGUAUAGAUACACAUGUGCAGACUCACAGAUACAGACACACUAACACACGUACAGAUAUACAGACACACACAUACAGAUACACAGACACACAUUAACGCACAUAAAGAUACACACAUACAGAUACACACAGACACACACUAAUAAGCAUACAUAUACACAGACACACACUAAUAUACAGACAUGCACACUAACAGAUACAAACACACGCUAACACACAUACAGAUACAGACACACACACAGAUACAGACACAUGCACAUACAGAUACAGAUACACACUAACACACAUACAGAUACAGAUACAGACACAUACAGAUACAGACACAUACUAACACAAAUACAGAUACAAACGCACACUAACACACAUAAUGACACAUAUACAGAUACACAGACACACAUACAGACACAUACUAACACACAUACAGAUACAGACACAUACUAACACAAAUACAGAUACAGAGACACACUAACACACAUACAGAUAACAUGCACACACAAAUUACAUUACAUAUAUUAACCACCCCCCUGCUACAUACCUUUUUGGUGCAGGAGGGUGGCUUCCCUGGUGUCAAGUGGCAUCUGGCUGAGUGUGAUGGGAGUUUGGAGGGGGAACCUGCUUACCAACUGCAUUACACAGUGCAGGGGCCCACUUGCCCGCAGCAUUACACAGUGCAGUGUACUCAGGUCGCAAUGACCUGAUUAUUUCUGUAGCGACCCGUGCAGGCGGCGCACUUCGAUGCGCGUGUAUGACGUCACGGAUGAGCACCGAUGCACACAGGGCGGAAAUAAUCCUCGGCUCCCCCAGAUCCUACCUCCACUUCUGGUAAGCAGUGAGAACGGUGCAGCUAUCGAACGUUGCACUUGAGCGGUCGGCGCAAGUUUUUGUUUUGUCUGACAGUGUCGCAGACAGAAAGUGGUUGGUUUGCGGGCCCCCUACCUCGGCCGGGCCCUCGGACCAUGUCCGAAGUGCCCGACCGCUCAGUCCGCCCCUGUAUGCCGCAUUCAUUACUAUGCACUCAAAGAAGAGAUACUAAGAAAAUUGAGAGACACCUCUUUCCCAAUGCUUUUUCAUGGCCAUGAAAUACAAAUUUAUCAGGAUAUCUCAUGGCACACUCUGCAAGCAAGAAGAGUACUAAAACCUACAACAGAUCAACUCUGCACACGCAACCUGAAAUACAGAUGGGGUUUUCCAUUUGCCCUAAUAGUCAGCUCCCGUGGAUCCACUUACACGAUUACAAUGCACCAAGAUAUCAUUCCGUUCACCAGAGCACUAAACCUAGCAGAAACGUCUAUUAUGGACUGGCUCUAUCAACCUCGUCAGCACAGCAUGGAGCAAGAUGGAGAUCCCCAGUGAAAAGGUAAAGAACAAAUCCUAUAGGAACUCCCCAGACUGGGACGGGAGAGACACCAAGGGAUGUUAUAUGCCGCAUUCAUUACUAUGCACUCAAAUAAGAGAUACUAAGAAAAUUGAGAGACACCUCUUUCCCAAUGCUUUUUCAUGGCCAUGAAAUACAAAUUUAUCAGGAUAUCUCAUGGCACACUCUGCAAGCAAGGAGAGUACUAAAACCUACAACAGAUCAACUCUGCACACGCAACCUGAAAUACAGAUGGGGUUUUCCAUUUGCCCUAAUAGUCAGCUCCCGUGGAUCCACUUACACGAUUACAAUGCACCAAGAUAUCAUUCCGUUCACCAGAGCACUAAACCUAGCAGAAACAUCUAUUAUGGACUGGUACGUGCCGGACCCGGCUCUAUCAACCUUGUCAGCACAGCAAGGAGCAAGAUGGAGAUCCCCAGUGAAAAGGUAA